UAUAAAAGCAUCCGACUGACAUCUCUUCUAAUCCAAAGCUUUUAGAAAAACCUGCAACACAUCUCAGCAGCUGCAGUGAACAACAUGGUGCGUUGUGGAGUGCUGGUGGGACUUGUCCUGCUCUCCAUGCUCUCUCCUGGUGCCUGGGCUCAGAUUGCAAAUCUCCCAGACAUCAUCAGCUUUCUACAGGCAAAUCUGAGGUCAGGGAGGUGGUCUGUUUGUGAAGGUGCCACUGUCAUCUCGCACUCGCUGUCCGUCUCUGCAAAGCCUUCAACACAACAGCUCAGAAGCUACAGCCUCACAACAUGGUGUGUUGUGGAGUCCUGCUGGAAUUUGUCCUGUUCUCCCUGCUCUCUCCAGCAGCUUGUGCUGAGAUCGGAAACCUUAAAGAGAUCAUCAACUUCCUACAGACAACUUAUGGAGCUGGUGAAAAUCAGUUUGCUGUGGCCAUCAACGUUCCAGCUGAAAAGUGCUCUGCUGGUGUAACACCUGAUCAGAACUUCCUCCCGGAUGAUGGUGCACGGAAAGUCAUAGAUGCCAUGGAUGGCACUGCUAAAGUCUACAAAGGUCAAAGGCUGAUUGGCGCCAAACCAAAACCAAUCUCUAAUAACCCAAAUAUCAACUACCACUCUGAGUACCUUCUGCUGAUUCAGUCUAACCCACCAGCAACAUCUCCUGAUGAUCCACUCAUGAUGCAACUCCUGAACACAAACCCAGAUGGCUGUGUGGUUUUCUACACCUACAACUCCCCCUGUGUGAAAACCUGCUCAACACCCAAUAAGCGUUACAGCAUCAUCCCUGCACUCGACAUGUUUACGGACCAUAAAGGUCCUAAAGCGUUCGUUUUUGGCCAGGUUUGGAAACAUGAUGUAAACAAGGCUCAGUGGGAAACAAACAUGAGGGCGGUGAAUGGCAAAGUGCCGCUGUACCGCUGUAAUAAUGCCGGCUGUACUCUCUGUGUGGAUAACAAUGAUAAAAUUAAUACUCAGUGCACCUACUAGCAUUAUAGCUAAAAUAAGGCCAACCUAAUGCACUUUUAACUGCAUUCAUUAAAAAUGCUUUCAGCUAUAAGAGAUAAAAGUCAUGAGGUUCGUUUGUAAAAGCUUUAGUGAAUGCUCAAUAUGCUUUUACAUUUAUCAAUAAAUACUGCAUCAUUGAAUGAA